UUAAUUUUUGAUAUCAAUUUUAUAUGCAAUUUGGAGGAGUUCAGUUUACUUAAACCACAAUUCAUAUAAGUCGUGAUUCGCAUUCGACGGCACCGGGAGAAACACUCGCAGCGGCCAGCGGUCAGAGUUGAUGUCUAGUCUGACCUUCUCAAGGUGACCGAUAUCGCGGCUCGCUCAGUGCGGGUUCGGCAGCGGAACGUCGCUGUAUCGUGCACAGUAAAUAAAUCAGGAUGAGCGUGCAAACGGAUUCCGACAAGCGAAAGCAGAUUUCGGUUCGGGGCAUCGUCGAGGUGGAGAAUGUGGCCGAGGUGAAGAAGGCCUUCAACCGCCACGUCCACUACACCCUGGUGAAGGACCGCAAUGUGGCGACUCCCCGGGACUACUACUUCGCCCUGGCCCACACCGUCCGCGACCAUCUCGUCUCGCGCUGGAUCCGCACGCAGCAGUAUUACUAUGAGAAGGACCCCAAGCGUGUCUACUACCUCUCCCUGGAGUACUACAUGGGAAGGUCCCUUCAGAACACUAUGAUCAACCUUGGCAUCCAGGGUACGGUGGAUGAGGCCCUGUACCAGCUGGGCCUGGAUAUUGAGGAGUUGGAGGAGCUGGAGGAGGAUGCGGGUCUCGGUAACGGAGGUCUCGGGAGAUUAGCCGCCUGUUUCCUGGACUCUAUGGCCACCCUGGGCAUGGCAGCUUAUGGUUAUGGUAUCAGAUACGAGUACGGUAUCUUCACGCAGAAGAUCGAGAACGGCGAGCAGCAGGAGGAGCCGGACGACUGGCUGCGCUACGGCAACCCCUGGGAGAAGGCGCGCCCCGAGUUCAUGCUGCCCGUCAACUUCUACGGCCGCGUCGAGGACACGCCGCAGGGCAAGAAGUGGGUGGACACCCAGGUCGUGUUCGCCAUGCCCUACGACAACCCCGUGCCCGGCUACGACAACAACGUCGUCAAUACCCUGCGCCUCUGGUCCGCCAAGAGCCCCAUGGACUUCAACCUGCGCUUCUUCAACUCCGGCGACUACAUCCAGGCCGUGCUCGACCGCAACGUGGCCGAGAACAUCUCGCGCGUGCUCUACCCCAACGACAACUUCUUCGAAGGCAAGGAGCUGCGCCUGCGCCAGGAGUACUUCAUGUGCGCCGCCACGCUGCAGGACAUCAUCCGGCGGUACAAGGCGUCCAAGUUCGGGUCGCGCGAGGCCGUGCGUACCACGUUCGACAGCCUGCCCGACAAGGUCGCCAUCCAGCUCAACGACACGCACCCCGCGCUCGCCAUCCCCGAGCUGCUGCGCAUCCUCGUCGACGUCGAGCGCGUGCCCUACGAGCGCGCCUGGGACCUCGUCGUGCGCUGCUGCGCCUACACCAACCACACCGUGCUGCCCGAGGCGCUCGAGCGCUGGCCGUGCGGCAUGCUCGAGAACGUGCUGCCGCGCCACAUGCAGCUCAUCUACCACAUUAACUUCCUGCACCUGCAGGAGGUGCAGAAGCGCUGGCCCGGCGACGCGGACCGCAUGCGCCGCAUGUCGCUCAUCGAGGAGGAGGGCGAGAAGCGCGUCAACAUGGCCAACCUGUGCGUCGUCGGCUCCCACGCCGUCAACGGCGUCGCCGCCAUCCACUCCGACAUCCUCAAGGCGACCGUCUUCCGCGACUUCUACGAGAUGUGGCCCGACAAGUUCCAGAACAAGACGAACGGCAUCACGCCGCGCCGCUGGCUGCUGCUGUGCAACCCGGGCCUAGCGGACGUCAUCUCGGAGAAGAUCGGCGACGAGUGGACGACGCACCUCGACCAGCUGCAGGGGCUGAAGCGCUGGGCGCGGGACCCGGCCUUCCAGCGCGCCGUGAUGAAGGUGAAGCAGGAGAACAAGCUGAGGCUGGCGGCGCUGAUCGAGCGCGACACGGGCGUGCGCGUCAACGCCGCCUCGCUGUUCGACGUGCAGGUGAAGCGCAUCCACGAGUACAAGCGGCAGCUGCUGAACAUCCUGCACGUGAUCACGCUGUACAACCGCAUCAAGCGCGACCCCGCCGCGCCGCACACGCCGCGCACCGUCAUGCUGGGCGGCAAGGCGGCGCCCGGCUACUUCAUCGCCAAGCAGAUCAUCGCGCUCGCCUGCGCCGUCGGCAACACGGUGAACAACGACCCGGAGGUGGGCGACAGGCUGAAGCUGAUCUUCCUGGAGAACUACCGCGUGACGCUGGCCGAGCGCGUCAUCCCCGCCGCCGACCUCUCCCAGCAGAUCUCCACCGCCGGCACCGAGGCCUCCGGCACCGGCAACAUGAAGUUCAUGUUGAACGGCGCGCUGACGAUCGGCACGAUGGACGGCGCGAACGUGGAGAUGGCGGAGGAGGCGGGCGAGGACAACCUCUUCAUAUUCGGCAUGAGGGUCGACGACGUCACCGCGCUGCAGAAGAAGGGCUACAACGCGUACGAGUACUAUGAACGCAACCCCGAGCUGCGCGCGUGCGUGGAGCAGAUUCGCAGCGGGUUCUUCUCGCCCGGGGAACCGGCGCGGUUCGCGGCGGUGGCCGACGUGCUGCUGCACCACGACCGUUUCCUGCACCUCGCCGAUUUCGACGCCUACAUACAGGCGCAGGACACCGUCGCCCGCGUCUACCAGGACCCGGCGAAGUGGGCGGAGAUGGUGAUAAUGAACAUCGCGAGCUCGGGCAAGUUCUCGUCAGACCGCACCAUCGCCGAGUACGCGCGCGAUAUCUGGGGCGUCGAACCCACCUGGGAGAAGCUGCCGGCGCCGCACGAGUCCGCCUAGAUCCGGCUAGACUACCGGCAGUCCGGCUAGGACUUCCGGUUAGCAGACAUGUUACGUCCGACACGGUCCGGCUGUAUAUUAUGUAAACAAAAUGCUCUCGGUUUGAGAAAAAUAUAGUCGGUCUGUCUGUCAAACUGCGAUUGCGUAUAUGUACGUACGUAUACGCAAAAUUUGCGUACAUGUACGUGUAAUGCUUUUUUAAAAUUAAAACGAGUAAAAGUUCACCCACCAUCAAAGAGGAAAUCUCUAAAUCAUGCACUAGAUACAAGCUACGCUUAAAUAACCACCCUAAUGACCUUGCCCACGGUCUCCUCGAAAAAAGCCGUUAUGGUCGUCUCAAGCGCCACAACAUACUGGACCUGGAUAACAGAUUCUAGCCAAUUGAAUAUAGAGGCCUAGUUACUGAGCUUGAGCCUCUGAGCGUCUGCUUAUAACCUUCAGGUUGAUCGCAGAUAACAAGGGAAAGAAAAAAAAAACUAGUAAAAUUGUUACUCAAUAAUCAUUAAAACUGUAAAUCAUGCAACUUUAGCAUAUAGAUGAUA